AUGGCCAAGAAGGACAAGAGCGACAAGAAGCGCAAGCACAGCAAGGUCGACGACCCGGCCUCGGCGCCGGCGGGCGGCUUCUCGCUGUUCGGCGGGUCCAAGGACGCUGGCCUCGACAGUGUGUUCUCCAAGAGCGCGGCGUUUGCUCUUCCCACCGCAGCCCCGGUGGCUCCUGCCCCAGGACCGGCGUCCGAUGAACCGGCGCGCAAGAAGGCGAUGAAGGCCAAGGCCAAGGUCGAGGCCGAGGCCAAGGCUGCGGAGAAGACUGCAGAGAAGGCCGAGAAGGCCAAGCAAGCCUACGCCGACUCGGAUGAAGAGGGUGCAGAGGCCGAGGGAUCCGGUUCCGAGUCCGAGGCUGACCUGGUGCACGAGGCGCUCAAGAGCCCGUCGGCCCGGCGCGCACGCGAUAACAAGGGCCAGACGGCCAAGUACGUUCCCCAAGACGAGAGCGCAGCCGACCGCGACCGCCGUACCCUGUUCAUCGGCAACCUCCCAAUCUCUGUGACGGAAAAGUCGGGUACCGCCGCGCUGAAGCGCCACCUCCUCACCUUUGCGCCGACUGCCAAGAUCGAGAGCGUGCGUUUCCGCUCCGUUGCGUUCAGCACGCCUACGAGCGCGGCGGAGGCUGGCGAGAAGAAGGGCAAUACCGACGAGGCCAAGGAAGCGACCCGGCGCGAGGAGCGCGAGAAGGAGCGUGCCGCGACGUGGAAGGUCUCGCAGGCUGGGAGCAGUGUUGGUGGGCGCGGAAACAAGCGUGGCGACGACGACGUGGUGGAUAAGAGCAAGAGCUUCCUCGAUAACAAGGGCAAGCGCAAGGUCGCCUUCAUCAAGAAGGACUUCCACUCCGAGGCCGACUCGUGCAACGCGUAUGUCGUGUUUGGGCACCCCCACCCUGACCGGUCGAAGAAGGUCGCUCCCAUCCUCGACCCGUACGAGGCUGCGGCGACUAUUGGCCCCGCGGCCAACGGGACGGAGGUUCUUGGCCGCGUGAUCCGCGUCGACUCCGUGCGCCUGCCUUCAGCUGUUGGGCUCGUGAGCGCGCAGAACAACCUCGGCAAGCGCGACGCAUGGCUACCAGCCGGAACCGACCCGAAGUGCUCGGCCUUCGUGGGUGGUCUCGACUACUCGGCAAAGGACGACGACGUGCGCGCAUUCUUCGAGGCGCUCGUUACUGCCGAGCGCGGCGCCCCCGAAUCGGGAAGCUGGGUGACGGGCGUGCGUAUCGUCCGCGACCGCGAGACGCAAAUGGGCAAGGGUUUCGGCUACGUGCACUUUGCGGACCGCGAGAGUGUCGACGAACUCAUCUCCCUCCCUUCCACCAAGCUCAAGUUUGCCAAGAAGCCCCUCCGCGUACAGUCGUGCAAGACGCUUCCGCCGGCCGCGAAGCGCCUCGCUUCAGCUAGCAAGGGCGACAAGGGUGACAAGGGCAAGGACGGCAAGGACAAGGGCGUCAAGAAGGAGAGGACGAAGCGGACAGUACCCGUUUCUGUGCCGAAGGGCGACCCGUCCCUCGGCGACCGGCUUAAGGACCUGAGCAAGGACGAGCGCAAGGCUGCCAAGCACGCCGACGCGACCCGCCUCGCUCGUCGUAUGGCCAAGAAGGCCAACAAGGUGGCGAGCGCGCAUAAGGAGACGGGAGCGGUCAAGCUCGCUGCGACAAAGGCUGAGAAGGGACUGCGCGCCAAGAAGGUCAAGGCGAAGAAGGGGCGUGUGAGGAGCUCUCAUGCGCUCACAAAGAUGAAGGGGAAGCGGGAGUAG